AUGGCCUGCUCAACGCGUUCUCGAUGGUUGCGUCUUCUGGCGUUGACCCUUUUGCUCGCUGUUGCGGGGAGCGCGGCGGGGGUGCGGGUGAACCGCCCCGCUUUUCUUACGCAUUUGGAACACGUCGGGAGGAAGCUGUCAGUCGGUCCGCCGCGCUGGAGCGGCAGGGAGUACAGUGGGGAGAUUCUUCUGGUGCGUGGGGCUGAACUGUGCCCCAACACCACCAGCAGCGGCAACUGGAACGGGGCCAUCGUCUUGGCCCUGGACAACAAAUGCGACACUGUUGACCAAGCCGUUGUGGCCCAGGGCAAAGGCGCCUUGGGCCUGCUGCUUGCGAGCUCGAAUUCUUCCCUACGCGCAGGCGGAGAUGUACGUAUUCCGGUGGAGGUGUUGCCAAGUAAGGAGUAUAACGCCAUUGUCGCAACGGUGAAUGAAGGAAUACCAGUACACGUCUCCAUUGGGCGCUCACUAAAUGUCCUGCGUUUCGCUGUGUGA